GCUAGAGAGAAAGUAUAAAAGCACUCCGAAACAAGGAUCGUUGGCUUCUUAGAAGCCCACCAUUGCCCCGUUAACCACUGUAGUAACAAUUUUCCUAUUUAUUUAGUGAACAGUAGGCUACAAGUUUCAGAAUGUUUUUGAGCCAAAGUAGUGUGCUCAAGUUGUACACCAGUGUGAUAGAGGAUGUGAUCAGUGGAGUGCGAGAUGCUUUCCUAGACGAGGGUGUGGACGAGCAGGUACUGCAGGAGCUCAAGCAGAUCUGGGAAAGCAAACUGUUGUCUAGCAAGGCGCUAGAGCAGCCUGAACAUCCCGAGCCUCAACCUCCUCUCAUUAACUCACAGAAGGCCACUCCGAGCAUACCAGCGAACUCCGGGGCGCAGUCUGCUAACAGCCAGCCUCAGAUUGCUCUGACAGACUUCAGCAAACCAGUUCCAAUCCAGAUAACUCUCCCUGCACAGGUUGGCACUCCCAACAGUCAGUCCAGAACCCUAACUAUCCAGGUCCCUGCAAGCGCUUUACAUGGUAACCAGCUACAUUCUGUGCUGACUGGUCCAGUCAUAUCUGCUACAAUGGCUCUCCCCACUCAUGUAGCCGAGGCUGUUCUUCAGUCACACGUCACUGCCAAUCUGCAGGGACAAGCCAUGUCUGGCUCGAUGCAACAACAACAAAUGCAGCAGCAGCAACAACCGCAGCCACAUCCGCAGCAACACUCACAACAACAUCCGCAACAACAUCCGCAGCAACAUUCGCAGCAACAUCUGCAGCAACAUUCGCAGCCCCAACAACAUCACCAGGUGCUGCAGAAUGUAGGAAUGCCUCAUGACAACAGGCAGCCCUUCACUCACCAUCAGCUCCAGAACUCAGUGCCUCAGUUGGACGGACAACACGACUCUUCUGAUGAUGAGGAGGAAGAAGAAGAGGAAGAUGAUGACAAUGAUGAUGAUGACGUAGAAGACAAGGACGAGGAGGAGAAUGAUGAAAAUGAGGCCGGAGCAGAGGAGGAACCGCUGAAUUCAGGCGAUGAUGUCAGUGAAGAAGACCCAACUGACAUGUUUGAUACAGACAACGUAGUUGUGUGUCAGUAUGACAAGAUUACUCGUAGCCGCAACAAAUGGAAGUUCUACCUCAAAGACGGCAUCAUGAACCUCGGUGGCAAAGACUUUGUGUUCCAGAAGGCCAACGGAGACGCAGAGUGGUGAACACGGUUCCUAUUGUUUAGAUUAGAUGAAAUUGUAAUAUAUUUGUACAUUGGCAGCUGAAUAGCGAAUCUCAGGUUGAAAGUGGACGAUCACAGUUUUGCUUAGUUAGAAGGCAUUUUCACCAGAACCUUUUAGCCGGUUGUGGGAUUUAGAUUAUGUUAUUUAAAUUGAAUAGAUGUAGUUUCAAAAGAAAAUAUUUUUCAUAAAAAUAGUUUAGUUGUCAAUACUCUAAAGACAACAAUAAUUAAGAUUUAUAUGUUAGUUUAUUAAAUCAUUCAAAUAUGAACUCGAUAUUUAACGUCCCCUGUGCUUCUUGGUUGUUAUUUAUCGCCACAACUUUCACUAUGUUUAUAUAUUUAGAGUUACCAUUAAUACCUUCAUUCUUAAUGUUUGUUGAGUUGCUUAUUAUCUUACAGCUAGUUUUAUGUAGCCUACACGGUAAAAGUUAAUAAAAAUUAAUGUUAAACAAAUUUUUUAAGUGGUUAAGAACAAAGUGUUUUACAAUUAUCUUUUAACCCAAAGAAAUGCCUAUAAAAUGAGCUGGACUCUUAAAUCUUUUAAUAUAGGUAGAUGGUUUCCCAUAUUUUUUUGUUUCUCAAGUCUAUUAAAUUAAUAUGAAUAUCACAAAUAUUUGUUCAAUGGUUGUAUUUUUACUGAGGAACAAAAUUGUUCAAUUAUUUAAUUUUGUUCUAGUCAAUUUUUAUGGCACUUGAAGUGUUGUUUACAGUAAUCUCGUUAGUCACAACAAAGACAUGUAAUUUAUCUUAUGUGAAUUAUAAACUUUUUAAAUGUAUUGUAUUCUUUAAACUAAUCAAUGUGUGCUAAUAAGUAUAAUAUGAGAUAGUUAAUUUUAAUUCAUAUUUAUUGGAGUGAAGCAAGAACAUCGAGUAUGACCUACCACCAGGCAAACAGUUUUAUGAUUUUAGGGAGAUACAAACUUUGCCUGUGAUGGUAGACACACAGUUUAUCACUUAACUGCCAAUGUUGUUUGGUUGUCGACUGAUACAAGACUGAGUUUUUCGAGGUUUCCCUCGUAAAACAUAUCAAGACAACACAGAAAUAGUCACAACUAGGCUAAUGGAGGUAGCUAGCAACAUUGGUAUUGCAAAUAUUGUUAAAAUUACUGUGCAUAAUAAACGUAUUUGUUAUAUGAA